GAAAGUAUUUCUUUUUUUCAUUAUUUUGUGAAUGUGGGUUUCCUGUGUGACUGGCUUCCAAUAUCGCGGGCUACAGUAACGUCAAAACAUUUGGCGCCUGUUUUGAAUUUCUACAUGAAAGAAAAGAUUCCCAAUCUUGAACUUUAAUUGUUCAAAGAAUAUUUUAAGAUGGUUGAUCAAAUAGAUGAUUUACAAAGAGUCAUCCAAGACUUAAAGAAACAGUCUGUGGUUAAAUCCUGUAUCAAYUCAAAAGACUUCGAAGAAAAUUAUACAAUGAAACUGACAAACUCUCAAGAGGAAUUUUCUGACUUGAAAACCAGUUGUACCAGGAUGGAAACCUAUGUGUCAUUGCUGGAAUGUCUUGCUAAGGAUCCUGAACAAUGGCCAACGUCAGAACAAGUACAAGAGCACAUUAAAGAGCUGAAAGCAGAUCGGAAACAAGACAAAGCUACCAUUAAAAAUCAAGAGAAUGACAUUGAAUCAUUAGCAGAAGAUCUCCAAACAAAUAAUAAAGAGCUCCAAGAGGCACUUUUGUCACUAGAGACUAAUCUUGAAAAAGUUCAAAACAAGAAAAAAGAGUAUGAGGAAUUAAAGGCAAAAUCAGAAGAAGUGGCAGAGAAACUGAAAGAAAAGGGAAAAUCAGGCRAAGAUUUGAAAGAUAUUGAAGAAAAASUUGUAAGUCAGGAAGGGGUUUCUUCCCACAGGUGGAGUAGUAUAAAAUGGUUGUUGUAAUUGGGAGAUACAGUGUGCAUUAUUCAUGAUUGCAACAACGCUGAUGUUAWC